AUGUUAAAGUGCUCCUUGUGCUAUCUAGCAAGCAAGGUGACUGCGGGUAAUGCGAAAAAUCAAGCCGGCCACCCAAGGCGGAGGGCUAAACUAUUUCAUGUUGUUCCUGGUACUCCAGUUACUCCAUUUGAGAAGCUAAAGGAACAGAGGCGGCGGUUUGGUCAGGAUCGUCAUUCGCGUUUACCUGAAUAUCGACCAGGGAAUAAUGUCCGUAUGGAUCCUAAUACAUACACGUUGUACGCCACAAAGAAGGGCGUGAUGACGAUACGUGAGAGCCGCAUUAAUCCCAAGUAUAAAUGGCUUGAUGUGGAACCUGACAUUCAAAAGGUUUAUCGCAGUAGAGAAUUGCGACGGGCACUUCAGGAAAGGGAAAUGGCCUCUAUGGCGGUUGGUGAAAACUCGAACUACCGGGUAGAACUGGACUUGUUGCUGGAACCGGAUUGGCGUGAGCGUGUCAUGCAUGUGCCGAAGGCUACGGAGCGCUUCAAGGACCCCAAUCUCUUUACCCGUGGUGUUGUUAACGAGCUGUCACCCUUGGAUAGGUACAGUUACACAUGA